CACAACACAGUCCUUCCGUUUCAGAUUUACUCUCUUGUCCUCGGACGAUCAUUCCUUUGAUUCAAAGCUUCUCAUUCCUUUUGGAAGUCGAAUCUACACAAUCCCUGAUCAAUAUCACGAGCUAGUUCUCGAUCAUCACCAACCUACUCCAUCACUCGGAGUAACUUUGACUAUCACGUCCUGAUUCAGUCCUUUAUCAGACGCUGCAUAAAAUCAUCACUCUUGUCUUGACGACAAUCGAGAAAACUUGACAACCCAAUUCUCAAUCCAAACCACAAAACCGCAAAAAUGAAGUUCGCUACCGCUUUCAUUGGCCUCGUUGCCUCUGCUACCUAUGCUGCCGCUGCCACUGUCACCUUCAAGACUCUUGAUGACAAGGAGCGCACCAUCAUCUUCACUCCUGACCCUGGUUUCUCGGGCCCUGAGUCCGUUACCGUCGGCGGUGGCAAGGACGUUACCGUCACCUUCCCUGACAAGUACAUCGGUAACUUCUACGCUGUCCAAAAGGGCCAGGAGGACAAGCCUGGUAUGCUCGGUGAGGUCACCUUCGGUGGCUGGAACGGCAAGACUUACUUCGACGUCUCUGCUAUCGUCGACCCCAACGACAAGGACAACGUCAAGCAGAUGUGGCCCGCCUCUAGCAACACUCCCAUGUCUGGCUGCGAGACAUUCCCCUGCGACAACUGCUACUGGCUCCCUGACGACAUCCAGACCAAGGUUACUGAGGAGGUUGACCUCAUCACCACCCUCGGUUCCGGUGCCAGCCCUUACCAGGCUUAAGUGCCCUACUGCCAUUGCCCAAGCGGCCCUUUCUCUUCACUUCUUCCCUCACCCUUUUCACCUUUUCACGCCGCGGCGUUGAACACCGCAUUGACGAUAUCAUGAAUCCCUUUCGACACUACACGAUUUUCGUUUUACAUACCCUGAAAGAUACCCCUCGUGUGUUGCAAUACCGAGGCCUUUCGUUAUAGACCUUUGGGCUGGAGCAGUCGGCGCUUAUGGAUGGUUGGAUUACCCACACAAGACAAGGAUAAAACAGGACUUGAGUUCCAUACUUUGGAACUCUCAAGACCACGCAAAGCCGCGUCACUCUUUUUUCGCGCUUAUGCACCAUCACAGGCUUGAUGCCUCUUGUAUCAGCAAGAGGAUUGAGGCUGGCACUCGUUCUACUUUACCCACAUUCUUACACUCGCUGAAACCUAGACCAACCAUGUCUAGGGAGACUUUUUACAUACAAUUCUUGUAUAUACAACGGGGCGCAAAAGCUCCUUUUACAAAAAGACGGGAUCAUCCCUUUUUGAACCACCAUUUUAGACUUUAGACUUGCACAUAGAACUGAACAUAGACGUUUGAAACUUGACGACUCAUUC